AUGGCUGCCAAUGAUCGGACGAUGGCGAUCAGCCUGGGGAGCUCGCGGCGGCGGAAGCGCGGCGAGAUGCUGUUCCGGUUCGAGUCGUUCUGCCAGCCCGGGUACCCGGCGUCGCUGCCCGGCGGGGGAGCCUUCAGGGACAACGUCAGGGCGCUGCUCGGGCUCGCGCACCUGGAGGCCGGCGCGCAGGGCGAGACCAGGUGCUGGUCGUUCCAGCUCGAGCUGCACCGCCACCCGCCCACCGUCGUCAGGCUCUUCGUCGUCGAGGAGGAGGUCGGCGCGUCGCCGCAGCGCCAGUGCCACCUCUGCCGUCACGUCGGUUGGGGUCGGAAUCUGAUCUGCACCAAGAGGUUCCACUUCGUGCUGCCCAAGAGGGAACUGCCGGUGGAGGCCGACGGCCUGAACUACGGCAUCAACCACGGCCCGGAGAAGCCGUCGAAAGGGACGGCGACCUCCAGGGACCACCUGCUACACGGCGUCGUGCACAUCAACGGCUUCGGCCACCUCGUCGCCCUCCACGGCUUCGAGGGCGGCUCCGACUUCAUCGCCGGCCACCAGAUCAUGGACCUCUGGGACCGCAUCUGCGCGGCCCUCAACGUCAGGAUGGUAAGCCUCGUCGACACGGCGAGGAAGGGGCACAUGGAGCUGCGGCUGCUGCACGGCGUCGCGUACGGCGACACGUGGUUCGGGCGGUGGGGCUACAGGUUCGGCCGGCCGAGCUACGGCGUCGCACUGCAGUCGUACCAGCAGUCGCUGCACGCGCUGCAGUCCGUGCCGCUCUGCGUGCUCGUGCCGCACCUCUCCUGCUUCAGCAAGGACCUCCCCGUGGUGGUCACCAAGUAUCAGGCCAUCAGCGGCCACAAGCUGCUCAACCUCGGCGACCUCCUCCGCUUCAUGCUCGAGCUGCGGACGCGCCUCCCGGCGACCUCCGUCACCGCCAUGGACUACCGCGGCAUCAUGUCGGAGGCCUCGUGCCGGUGGUCGGCCAAGCGCGUGGACAUGGCGGCGCGGGCCGUCGUGGACGCGCUCCGCCGCACCGAGCCGCCCGCGCGGUGGGUCACGCGGCAGGAGGUGCGCGACGCGGCGCGCGCCUACAUCGGCGACACGGGGCUCCUCGACUUCGUGCUCAAGUCCCUCGGCAACCACAUCGUCGGCAACUACGUCGUGCGCCGCGCCAUGAACCCCGUCACCAAGGUGCUUGAGUACUGCCUGGAGGACGUGUCCAGCGUGCUCCCGGCGGCCGGCAGCGUGCCCAGCUGCGGCGGCAAGGUGCGGGUGCGCUUCCAGCUCACCCGGGCGCAGCUCAUGCGGGACCUCGCGCACCUCUACCGCCACGUGCUCAAGGAGCCCAGCCAGGCGCUCACCACCGGCGCGUUCGGCGCGAUCCCCGUGGCAGUACGGAUGGUCCUGGACACCAAGCACUUCGUCAAAGAUUACCACGAAGGUUUCGCUCCGAUCAACAGUGUUGGAGUCGGGCACGCGCACAUCAACCUGUGCUGCACGCUGCUUGUGAGGGACGGAAGCCCGGAGCUAGUAGCGCCCUACGAGACGGUGACCUUGCCGGCGCGUGCGACGGUGGGCGAGCUCAAGUGGGAGGCGCAGAGGGUGUUCAGGGAGAUGUACCUGGGCCUGAGGACCUUCACGGCCGAGUCCGUCGUCGGGCUCGGCGUCAGCCAGGACGCCUGCCCGGUGCUCGGGCUGAUCGACGUAGGGAGCGCCGUGGUGGUGGAAGGGGCAGUCGGCGAGCUGGAGGAUGAGGCUCUGGCGGCGGACGAAGGCAUCCCGCCGGGGAACGAGGUGACGGCCGUGAGCGAGGGGGGCGGCGACGGCGAGAGGGUCGUGGACUGCGCGUGCGGCGCGGACGACGACGACGGCGAGCGCAUGGCGUGCUGCGACAUCUGCGAGGCGUGGCAGCACACGCGGUGCGCGGGGAUCAAGGACGCCGACGACGUCCCGCACGUCUUCGUGUGCAGCCGGUGCGACAACGACGUGCUGUCGUUCCCUCCUUUAGCUUGA